UUACAAAUGCUAUAUGACUUUGAAUGUCAGCAACAUAAUAUCUUUCGAAGAGUAAAAUUAACAAUGGAAGAAUCGACAAGCGGGGCGAAUAAAAUUACAGAAGAUGAUAUCAACGGAAAUGGUAACACCACGGUUCGAAAAUCCGAAAAAACACAGGAUGAUACUCAUGAUAGGCGGGAAAUAGUUAGCGAAGCGGAACAGGAAAUGCGUAACAGACGUCUUGACGCAAUAACGGUAAAAACUACCACUAGGUCUUGCGCUGCGCUUGAAGUGGCAGCUGGAGUAGAAAAGAAUAAAGUAUUCCCCAUCAAAGCUGAACGUGUAUUUGCUUAUGAAAGCGAUUCUCGGUUAGAAACGCCUGAAAAAAGUCCUGCAGAAGUAGAGUUGUCUCAACGACCAAUUGUUCGAUUGGAUGAAUUUAUUUUGUCUGCCGCUGCAAAAAAAGAAGAGGAAAGGCCAUUUCCUGUUCAAAAAGGUCCAACACCCCGUUAUCUCUGGGAUGAUUUCGGUGAAGAUUUUGAUGCUCAGCAGGCUUUAUCUGAUGCAGCCAACAUAGAAGAAAAAAGACCAUUUAUUGUAAGGCAAGAAAGCGUGGAGGAAACUGAAAAGGAACGCAUUCCAUUGAUGAAGAAUAACGAGAAAACAGGAUAUAACCAAAAAUUGUUAACAAUGCGAACCAGAAAUACGAAUAUGGUCUAUACUCUCUAUUUGACGCACAGUGAACAAACACAAAAUGCACAAUCAGAAUUUAUGCAAAAGAAAACUCCUGAGUCUUCGUCACCGUCGAAAACCUCACUACGAAAAGGGAUAUCUUACUCUGAAGAUAAAUCUAAGAUUGCACUCAUACGUAAGGCAGAGGAAAAAUUUUUCACAAGUAGUACAUCUGGACACAAGGUUGAUGAAAAAACUGUGAUGAGAUACUGCGAUAUCGCAACGGCAAUAUAUCUUGACGAUGAUCUGAACCUGAGCAGAUUUCUUACUAAUGAACUGAAGCACAGCGAGGAAAUCCAACGUCGUAUACUAGAAGCAGUCGAGCUGAACAGUUUGAAGUGUUUGUUGGUGCUCUGUGACACUUAUGAAAAACUUCCCAGUACAACAGAGGAAGAUGUCCAUUUGUUUCACCGCCGCUACGGGCUCUCUUCUUGGCCAUUGAAUGAACGCCCCAAAGAGUCAGCUGUUCACCUCGUUGCAAACAAACUUACGUCCAUUAAAGCGAUGAAGGUUUUAGAAAAGCAUCCGAGAUUCCUGGAUGAAUUUUCAGACAUUCCGGACAGUCAUGGCUCUUCUCCACUUCUUUUGGCGAUCAAAUGCAACAAUAUGGAGGUGGUGAAGCGAUUGCUCGCUAGAAAACCAGACUUAAACAAGCGAAAUAAACAUAAUGAAACGCCUAUUCUUGUGGCGGCCUUAAACGACGAUGCAGAUGUUAUAAAAGAAAUGCUGGAGAUAUAUCCUGAAACUGAACUUCUUGAAAUCAUGAGAAACAUUGAUGGAAAGGGCCAUUCAAUACUUUAUCCUGCCUCUCAAAGCGGUAAACCAGAAGUACUUAACCUCAUUAUGAAGCGAGGCUGGUGGCCCGAUUUUUUGGAUCAAGAGAAGAAAAUGUUUGAAAAAUGGGAAUCGUUUGUGUGCAAUGUUUGUUCAACCGGGUGUAAAGAACUUGCAGAAACAAUAUUCAAACAAAAUCCCAAACUUCUUGAACCAGAAGGUGACAAGUUUACCCCUCUUAUGAGUGCGGCCAAAGCAAACCAAUUGGAGAUUGUCCAGCUUAUCUUCGAAUUCAGGGCGGAUUAUAGUCUUUUUAUGACUUGUGAUGGAAAAGGCAGGAAUGUCUUUCACUAUUCCGUUGAAAACCCAGAUAUUCUACGUUAUCUUCUUGAACAGUACGAAAAGGUCAGCAUUGAUAAACAUGAUGUUAAUAAAAUGGACAACUUGGAAAACACUCCAAUAAAACUUGCCGCAGUUAGAAAAUUGAAAGAGAGUUUCAAAAUUCUCUUGCAAUUCACGACAAGUGAAGCGGAUAUAUUUUCAGCUCAUCUUAUUCAUAAUGUGGACUUUGAGGUUUUGAAGAUGGGUCUUCUUAUCUGGAAGGAAAAGGACCCCGAAGCAGUAGCUUGUCUGCUAAAUGGCGAUCACAAGCAACAUCAACCGUUUUUGGAAGCUGCUAAAAAAGGAAACAUUCAGUUGAUGCAGUUUUUCUUGGAACAAGGAGCAAAUCAUUCACAAAGAACUCCAAAUGAUCAAACUGCUAUUCAUUACGCCGUGCUUUCUGGAAAGCUUGCUGCGGUGCAAUUCCUGCUGAAAAAAGAAGAGUUUUUAGAAAUGAUCAAUUUUACAGAUGACGUAAACAUUACUGCGGCUGGUUAUGCAACACAGAGUGGAAACGUGGAGAUACUCAGAUAUCUGUUGGAUAAUAAUGCGAAGAUGAAAAGUGACACAAAAACGGCCAGACUCAACAUUUUAGAUUGUGCCUAUGGAUAUUUUAAAACUGGCGAGAAUUCUCUUAAAGAAAUUAUUAGGUUUUCUACAAGGGAUGGAAAAAUCCAAAUUUUACAAGAGUUAUUUGAAGACUCGUAUUUCGGUGCGGAUCGUAUAAUGUCGCAGCUGAUCGAAAAAACACCAGACGUCGCCAUGAUGAUUUUUGACCUCUGUGUUUAUCAAGAUGAAUAUCUCACUCACCGUUCUUAUGGUGAAAUGGAAGUAGAAAGAAGAGUGUCGUACUCGUUUUUUCCUUUCAAACGAAACAACCCUGAAGACAAACCUGGCGGCAAGCUUGAAGCUAUCGAAAGUAUGGUUAACUUCAGAAGGGACAACUGUUUGGGUCAUCCACUAGUUUUAAGGUUUUUGAGCCAUAAAAUUAAUUCGUCAAGAAUUCAAAAAUGGUUCUUUUUCAAUAUUCUUCUUUACGCUGCUUUUUUAUUCACCUUGACCGCAUAUGGCACCAUCGAGAGUCAAGGAAUUUACAAUUUGAAAUCACCAGGAAUGAUUGCAUUAUCGCUAAUUAUUUUGAUCUUUUGUGCACUUCAUUUCAUCAAAGAAGUACUUCAGUUUGUUCUAAGUACUGCUAAUUAUAUAAGGGACUUCGAAAAUUACAUCGAAUGGGUGAUAUUCAUCUGCGCUGUCAUUUAUGUGGUGCCUGGAAGUAGUAAGAAGGCGGAAAUACAGAUAGGAGCUGGUGCUAUAUCGGUAUUCCUGGGUUGGAUCAACUUUUCUUUGUUCUUGAAAAGGUUUUCAUUGUUUGGGAUCUACAUCAUCAUGGCGAAAAGAGUUUUUCUCACUGUCUGUAAGGUGUUACCACUCGUUUUGUUGUUCAUCGUUGCGUUCUCGUUGUCAUUUUCGCUGCUUAUUCCCGUGGAUCAAGGUUUCAAAAAUAUUCCAGUUUCUAUUUUGACAACAUUCGUCAUGAUGACGGGAGAGUUGGACUAUCGGGAUAUCUUUCUCCCAAGCAGACCACUUCACGUUUUGCAGAAAGUUCUUCUUGUGCUAUUUAUUCUUAUGAUCUCAAUCGCUGUAAUGAAUUUAUUGACUGGUCUGGCUGUUGAUGAUAUUAAUGACAUUAUGACUCGUUCGAAAGAGGAGAAAAGAAUUUUUAGGGCGAAGCUUGUCAUUACAUUGGAAAGAAAUCUACGCAAUGUUCCAUUCUUCUCACUGCCUAAAAAUUUAGAUGGCCUGGAGGACUUUCCGGAAAGAAAGUCUCAAUCUUCGUGGCUCUUACGCCAGUGGAAAAAGGUGUACGAAGAUAGCGAUGAAGUGGAGGAACAAUUAAAAGCAAUGGCUGGUAAAAACGGGGAUAAUUGUAACAAACAAUUCGACGAACUGAGGGACGAGAUUAAGAAGACAAUUAAUGAAGCGAUUCAGAAUAAAUUUGAGAAAAUUGAAGCAAUGUUUGAAAAGAUUCAAGCAUGAUCCAAGCACUUUUGAUCGCUUGAGUACGUGCAUAACGUUUCCUAUGAAGGGAACAUUGAUAGUAAAGAUGUCUACGCUAUAGCAUUUUUUUUAGUAGCAACACAGGAGUAUUUGCAGGAUAAAUUUAAUGAUUUGAUAUUUACGUAGUGAGAGAACUCAUUUACUGGAUUCCAACGAUAUAUUUCUUAUUUCAAAAGUGAAAAAUGAUCGAAUACUUCUAAGAUAAAAAAUUGUGGUUAAAAUCAAUCGUGCCCAAAAGAAGCAAGUUUGAAUGUAUUUUGAGCUUGAUGCGUUCCUGCGCAAAUUUUGUUUUGAUUUGAAUUAAUAUUGUAAAACUUAUUUAACGAACUGUCAGACAUUCGACUGUAGUCAAGGAAUAACUUCCACUAAGGAAUUUCGCAUUUACAGUUAAAUAACCUCUAAUCAUGCAUGGGAAUAUAAUUGUAAUCGAUGCUAUAUUUUCUUUGAAUUUUUCCGAAUUUUGCCGAACUGAUAACUCACGAUAUACCGCAGUAGCCCGUAUUUAUUAUUUAUUGGAUUUGCUUUUAGUUAAAUAUUAAAAUUAAUACAUUCUAUGUAAAACGACAUGAAGUAUCACCUUCCUUCAUUUAACUGCUGACAUAUUAUCGCAGGCGCCAAUUUUUGCGGUGCAGUGUAGUGUAUUAUGUAUAUGCUUACAUAAGGUUGGCAACUCUUAUAUUUACAAACUGUAUACACCGACUUACACAUGAAAAUGGUCGUACUUAAAUACAAAAAUAUACACAAAAAAUUAAACUAAAAAAAGUUUGUACAAUAGCUUGCAUAAUAAUUCGUUUGAAUAAGUAAUCCCUCUUAUGC